GAGCAGGGGGUGGGACAGACCAUAAAUAUAAGGCCACGAGCCUCGCCACUUCCUGCUGCUCUUCUACUUCACCGCUUGCUAUGCCGCCCUACACCAUCGUCUACUUCCCCGUCCGAGGGCGCUGCGAGGCCAUGCGCAUGCUGCUGGCUGACCAGGGCCAGAGCUGGAAGGAGGAGGUGGUGACCAAAGACAGCUGGAUGCAGAGCCCACUCAAGGCCUCCUGCCUGUAUGGGCAGCUCCCCAAGUUCCAAGAUGGAAACCUCACCCUGUACCAGUCCAAUGCCAUCCUGCGACACCUGGGUCGCACCUUUGGGCUCUAUGGCAAAGACCAGCGGGAGGCGGCAUUGGUGGAUAUGGUGAAUGAUGGCGUGGAGGACGUCCGCAGGCACUGCAGCCAGCUCAUCCACCACAGCUAUGAGGGAGGCAAGGCCAGGUACGUUCAGGAGCUGCCAGGGUACCUGAAGCCUUUUGAGACUCUGCUGAUCCAGAACCAGGGGGGUCAGGCCUUCAUUGUGGGUGACCAGAUCUCCUUCGCGGACUACAACCUGCUGGACCUGUUGCUGAAUCACCAGGUCCUGGCCCCCGGCUGCCUGGACUCCCACCCUCUGCUCUUGGCCUAUGUGGCACGCCUCAGUGCUCGGCCUAAGCUCAAGGCCUACCUGGCCUCCCCUGAGCACGUGAACCGCCCUGUUCACGGAGCCCAAAAGAUAUGAGCCUGCUCAGCCUCUGCUGGGAGAAAGGCUGCCCUUUAGAACCAAUAAACAUUGGGAAAAGAGA